CACAAUAAUUUAAUUUCGUUGAAAGUAAGAGAAAAAAAAAACGAAAAGACAAAUUUCUCUAAAAAAUCACAAAAUCUCAUCACCUUCUUCUUCCUCUGUUUUCUCUCUCUAAAUCCAUGGAUCCUUCUCUGCCUCCUCCGUUCACUGCUUUCCCUCCCUUCACCAACUCCAACCCUUUCCCUCCUCCCCAACACCCCUUCUACGGCGGCGCCGUUAACUCCUCCGCCGUCGCGCCGUCUAACAACAACCAGUUCUUUCAACCAUCGCCGCCAGUUCCUUCUCAUCCAUCCGUUAACCACCCUCAUUACUCCGAAAUGAUUUGCAGUGCGAUCUCUGCUUUGAACGAACCAGACGGGUCAAGCAAGCAAGCGAUUUCGAGGUACAUCGAGAGAUUCUACACGGGGAUACCUCCUGCUCAUGGCUCUUUGCUGACUCACCAUCUCAGGACUCUCAAGAACAGUGGUGUUCUUUUCAUGGUGAAGAAAUCUUACAAACUCGCAGCUGCUACUCAUCCCACUAGCGUAGCUGUUGCGGCUGCAGCUGCAGCUGCUGGUCUUGAACCUCCCAGAUCUGAUUUCAACGAGACCCAACAGUUACCUGAUCCGGCCGCGACUUCUGCUCCUCAAACUCAGAAGCGUGGUCGUGGUCGUGGUCGACCUCCAAAGGCAAAACCCGCCGAUGUUCAGACAAACGGAAAACCCACCUCGGAACAGAACCAGUUAGCUGUUUCUGAGCAGAUGCAGGCUCAGACACCGCCAGUUAAGAGACCACCAGGUCGUCCUAGGAAAGAUGGAGCUUUGCCGACAUUGAAGGCUUCCGUUUCCGGCGGUGAGGAAAUUGCGAAACGAAGAGGGCGGCCACCAAGUGGAAGAGCGGCAGGGAGGGAGAGAAAGCCAGCAGUGGUGUCGGCUCCGGUUUCCGUGUUUCCUUACGUUGCUAACGGUGGUGUUAGACGCAGAGGGAGACCGAAGAGAAUUGACGCAGGUGCUUCUUCUGUUGCACCACCACCUAAGGCAGAGGGUGUGGGAGAGCAGGUUGCCAAAAGAGGACGAGGACGGCCUCCUAAGAUCGGAGGUGUGAUCAGGAAGGCGAUGAAGCCAAAGAGAGGCUAUUUUCGUACUGGAAGACCCGUAGGAAGACCCAGAAAGAAUGCUGCUUCAAAGGGUGCUUCCGGACAACAAGAUAUUAGCUUUGGUGAACUCAAGAAGAAGUUUGAAUUGUUUCAAGAGAAAGCUAAGGAAAUUGUUAAUGUGUUGAAAGCUGAGGUCGGAGGAAGUGAUAAUCAAGCUGUGGUUCAAGCUAUACAUGACUUGGAAGAGCUAACGGUAACAAAAAGGGAGACAACAGAGGAGCCACGCCACAUGGAAGACGUGCAGCCAGAUGAACUAUACUUUGAAAAUGAACCCCAGCCCGACGGACAUGGACAAGGGCAGGUGCAGACGGAAACAGAGGCUAUGCAAGAAGCUCUGUUCUGAAAAGAGCCGCCUUGGCACAACUUUAUAAAAGCUAGCAAGUGGUGGUGAGUUUGUUCGUCGUGUGUUCCAUGGAUUUUUUUAAUCUUAAGGGCGUUUGGAGGAGAGAAAACAGAGAAAAAUGAUGAUGACUGUGUCUCUAACCAAACAACAAGGAGAGGUAGGGUAAUGUCUGUAAAGUGAUUAGGAUGUUGCCAUUGUUCAUGUACCAUGUCUCUGUUUUUCCAGGGUCCGUAUCUGUGUAGGCUUUUGCCUUGUUCCCUCAUGUUUCUUAGACUCUGUUUUGCUUAUUUUAUUUGGUCUCUUAGCCUUGUAGGAGGAGUUCAUGUUUCUAAUAAACGUUAUGUAAUUUUUACUUCACUUCUCCACUUCUAUGA